AUGGAGGAUAACGAUCAAGGGCUAAUGCAGCUCCCGAUUUUUUCCGAUGACAUCAUGGGUGAAUUUCUCGGGUUGAACGAAAAACCGGGAAUUGCAGGGAAUCAAACUGCAGACAAUUGUGUGAAAAUCAAGAGGAAGAUUGAGGCCCCACAAGAUAAUUCGUCCGAAAAUCCUAAGAAAAAGACUCGGGCUUCAACAGAUGUGAGUAUGUGCUACAUUUUUAUUUUACUUCAGGGCUGGUUUUGCAAGUUAUUCAUUUUGGUCAACAAAUGUGGUAACUCUAUUUUCUCAUGGACUGCAAUUUAUUUCUCAACACAGGCUACCAAAAGUAAAAGGAAUUCAUCACAGUCGAAAAAGAGCAAGAAAGGGACUCAAAUUGCUGACAUUGAUGAAGAAAUGAACAAGAAUGGUGGUGGCAUUACUGGGCCCGGAAAGGGCCCGGCAACUGAUCCUCAAAGUGUCUAUGCAAGGAAAAGAAGAGAAAGAAUUAAUGAGAGACUCAGAAUCUUGCAGAAUCUUGUUCCAAAUGGAACUAAGGUGGACAUUAGCACAAUGCUUGAGGAAGCUGUCCAAUACGUGAAGUUCUUACAGCUUCAGAUCAAGCUGCUAAGUUCAGAUGAUUUGUGGAUGUAUGCCCCAAUUGCUUACAAUGGAAUGGAAAUUGGGCUUUACCAGAAGAUUGUUCCAAAUCCAUGGCCUUAA